AUGAUGCAAAUUGCCAAUGUUCAAGUACAGAAUAGGAACGACAACGCUGAAAUCUAUUCUCCGUGCCCUCGAGUAGUUUUCGAUCCUCGGCGGAAUGUCACUGGUCUUGUUGGUUGCAAGUUGACUCGGACUCUUGGGAGUCUUCACCAGCACCGCCCCGACACUGCCGGAGACAUCAUCCACGGAUCACCCCUCACCAUUCCCAAAGCACCCAUUCCAGGCGGCGCUUCGACAACAAACAGAACUGCUCAGGCGUUAGGUGCUCAAACACCUCUCACAGGCUCAUCAGAUCCUGGUGCUCGUCCAUUCCGCACAUUGGGCCAGCUGUACGAUGGAAACAAGCGGUAUCGGGAGAGUGCUCGAGUGGAGGCUGAAGUUCUUGCUGACGAUUCUCCUUCGUUCAUGUUUUUCGGUUGUACAGACAACAGAAUAAGCCCGAGCGCUAUCUUCAACUCGCCGAAAGGAUCCACCAUCUCCCACAAUAACAUUGCCAACCAAUAUUCUGACAGCGAUCCGAGCGCCGACGCUGCUAUUGCGUAUGCCAUUGAGAGCCUCCACGUACAACAUAUCAUCGUCAUAGGUCAUUACGGAUGCAAAGGUGUUGAGAUGGCAAUUACCAGGCCACCUACCGUCAGCGAUAUCAUCAAAGACUGGCUCCAACCCAUCUCGGACCUGUACAGACGGGCAAGGAGGACUGAAAUUGUCAAACUGCGCGACUCGAGAAAGCCCCAACGAGGAAAGCCUGACGGCGUAAAGGAAGCCCCUCCAGCUAAUGACCCUGGCUUCCGCGCUCUCGUUGAAGAAAAUGUCAAACAUAGUGUAAAUGAGCUCCGUGGACACAGCCUUUUGACAGAGACGUACGCGAAGAACAUGAUGACCGACAAGCCAACAUCUCUCGAUGUCUUUGUACACGGUUUCGUAUUCGACGAAGCGACUGGCGAGGUUAACGAUCUUCACGUUUCCUUCGGACCACUAGGAAAGAACAUCCCUAACGUUCCUUUCAAGGCUGUUCAGGCUGCGAAGAACUUCCAUCGCGAGAGCUACCGUCCAGGAAUUUUUAAGGGGAAGACCUGGGACUUCAAAGCCCAUUCUCAUUGA